GUUUUAUAAUAAAAAAUGGGUGAUACAGUAGAAUUCUUCCUCACAGAUGAGCAAGUUGAAAAAUUGGAUAUGGAUGAGAUUAAUAAGUUAUUAAAUGCUUUUCCUAAUAGAAGAGAGAUGGAUUUUUCAAACAAUAAAAAUAUUGAAAUUAUUUCAAUUUUAAAAAACAGAAAGGCAAAGAUGAACCAUUAUAUUUCUGAAGGCUGGUUUAAUGCUGUAGUACCAGGAAUAGGAAUAAUAGCUGCUGGAUGUCUUUUAUUUCCUAUUGGGAUGCCCUGCUAUUUUUUUUGUGUAGGAGGAAUGAUAACAUUAUAUACUAUCAAUGAGCUUUUAGUUCCAGAAGAAUGUUCUCCUAUAAAAAGAUCAUGAAAAUGGUACUUCUCUAUAAAUUACAAAAAAAAUACAUUUGUGAAGCCAAGUAAAAAAACUAUGGGAUGAAUUAAAAAAAUAUAAAAAAGUCUCGCCAAGACGACCCUAUCGAUGGAAAGACUGAUUCUAAUGAAAGAGCUAAUUCUGAAUUUAAAAAUAGAGGACUUAGAAGCUCAAAAAGAUUAUAUAAUGAAAAAGCAGAGCCUGAAAAUGGAGAUCUAGAGGAAAAUAAACUUCCUGCUGACGAUCAGGAAAGUGUACAGGAUGUUUGCAAGCUUUAUGAAAAACAGAUUAGUAAUCUGAAAAAAUCUCAUAAAACCGAAAUAGAUUCUUUGAAUAAUGAAUGGGAGCAAAAAUUCAUAGAACAAAAGAAUAAAAAUAAACAACUCGAAAAUAAUAUAUCAGAGUUGGAAAACACCAUUAAAAAUCUAAAAAAUGAUUUUGAUAUCAAAUUAAAAGAUAUUAGAAAAAAUAUUAGAAAAGAAGUAGCAUCAGAAAUCUUUGCCGAACUUAGAGCCGCUGGAGUACUGAAUCGUACAGAAUCUUCUUCCUCUGAUGAAUAAUCUCAUAAGUCCCUACUCUUACUUUCCACCACAACUUUUGUCCAUCUCCAUUUUUUUAGUUAUUUUUUUCAUUCCAUCUCAAUU